AUGAUAGAAGAAGCUAGCCGGAAGGCGAUCGAGGAAUACGAGAGAAGGACCACGACUCCUCUGGUCAAAGAAACAGCGAGAAGGCAGUUGUUCGAGAAUACCGAACCGCAAAGGGAGUCAAGGGUGCAAGGCAAGCAAGAGCACCGUAACAAGCGACCGGCAUCAUCUGAGGCCGGCUCCAGCAGCCACGGUCGCGCGAAGAGAAGGGAACCCGUAAUUUCGCGUGCGGAGGUAGAGAGCGUGAGGAAGCAGAUAGAAAGCCUCAAUAAACAGAUAGACGAACUAAAAAAGCGAGGUGAAAUAGUUGCGCACAACAAAAAUUCACCCUUCUGCAAUUACACCCCAUUGCCGAUGUCGCGGGAAAAGGCGUUGAUGAUGGUCGAGAAUGCUGAUGUUCUCAAGUGGCCGAGGCACACCAGGUAUACCCCCUCCAAAAAAUUCUCUAACAAGUACUGCAGGUUCCACCGGGAGAGGGGACACAAUACGGAAGACUGCUUCCAACUAAAAGAUGAAAUCGAAAGGCUAGUGAGGCAAGGGUACUUCAGGGACCGAGUCCCCCAGAAUUGCAAGGCUGGCAGGGGGGAGACCAGGAGGAGCAGGUCGAGAAACCGAGAUCAAAACCCUGGGCCCUCGAGGUCGGCACAAGCUCAACCCACUGGAGAUAACGCUCCAACUAAAGGGGUGAUCUACACGAUCGCAGGAGGUUCUAGCUCGGGUAAUUCGAACAGGGACAGAAAGAGGUGCGCACGGACUAUGAAUUCGAGCAGGGGGAGAGAGUUCGUGUUGAAGGUAGAGGAAGAGGAGGCCAUCUCUUUCAACAGUUCGAACAAGCCAGACGAGGCCGGGGAGAUGAAUAACCCGAUCGUCAUCAGACUGGAUAUAGAAAAUUUCACAGUUCACAAAGUCUUGGUAGACAGUGGGAGCUCUGCAGAUAUCAUCUUCAAAAGAGUGAUUGAUAAAAUGGGGUUGGAAAAUAUUCGGUUAGAGCCGGACAGAACUCCGCUGGUCGGAUUUGGUGGGAGCGAAGUGGCAUCCUUAGGGAUGGUCGAGUUGCCAGUGUCCAUGGGAGACGAACCGAGGUGGAAGACCACAAUGGUGAAAUUUUUGGUGGUAGACACACCAUUUGCAUACAAUGUGAUAUUGGGCAAGCCGGGAUUGAAUUCAUUCAGGGCCGUCAUCUCCACCUACCACAUGAAGGUAAAAUUCCCGACGGAUAACGGAGUCGGAGAGGUAGUAUGCGAUCAGAAAGAAGCUCGAAAAUGCUACAAUCUAUCACUGAAAGGAGAACCCGGAGCGAAGAAGAGAAAGGUCAAGGAAGACGCUGAACCUCGACCCUACGAGGCCGAACAUUUGAAGCCCAGCGAAGAAUACAAGGUUGUGCAGCUCACACCGGGUAAGCCAGACAAAACUACCAAGAUAGGCGCGAGCAUGAAAGAGAGGGAGAUGGCAAUGAUCAAUUUCCUAAGGGAGAACAUGGACGUGUUCGCAUGGGGACCGUCUGAUUUAACGGGAAUCGACCCUGAGGUGAUACUGCACAGGCUAAACGUAUAUCCAACCAUGCGACCCAUGAAGCAGAAGAAGAGGUCAUUCGGGUACGACAAGAAUGAGAUCAUCCGUAAGGAAGUGGACAAGCUACUCAAAGCCGGGUAUGUAUCGGAAAUUCAGUACACUGAUUGGUUGUCUAAUGUAGUGCUUGUCCCCAAAUCCUCCGGGAAAUGGCGAAUGUGCGUGGACUUUACAGAUCUGAACAAGGCAUGCCCAAAAGAUCCCUACCCGCUGCCCCGGAUCGAUGUCAUGGUGGAUUCUACAGCAGGGUACGAGAUGUUCUCGAUGAUGGAUGCCUACCAAGGGUAUCACCAGAUCCACAUGGCAGGGGAAGAUAGAGAUAAGACUUUUUUCAUCACGGAGAAGGGAAUUUACUGUUAUAAUAUGAUGCCUUUUGGUUUAAACAAUGCAGGAACAACAUACCAGCGCCUGGUUAAAAGGAUGUUCGGCGACCUGCUCGGAAAAACGAUGGAAGUGUACGUGGAUGACAUGCUCGUAAAGAGCAAGAGGUUGCAGGAUCACCUCGCAGAUCUAGCCCAAGCAUUCGCUAUCAUGAGAUCGUACGGAAUGAAGCUCAAUCCAGACAAGUGCACAUUCGGAGUAGGAGGAGGAAAGUUUUUAGGAUACAUGAUCAGCGAGCGUGGGAUCGAAGCUAAUCCAGAAAAAAUUCAAGCCAUCAUGAAUCUACGAUCACCAACUACGAUCAAAGAGGUUCAGAAGUUGACAGGAAAGAUCACCUCCCUGGGCAGGUUUAUUUCGCGAUCAGCAGACAGAAGUCUCCCCUUUUUUAAGGUUCUGAGGAAACCUAAAAAUUUUCAAUGGAGUGAGGAGUGCGAGAAGGCCUUGCAAGAGCUGAAGGAAUACCUGACAACACCUCCCUUACUAGUAAACCCGAAAGAGGGAGAGGAACUGUUCCUUUACCUGGGCGUGUCGGAAAAUGCAGUCAGCUCGAUACUGGUAAGAGAAGAUGGAGGUCAACAGAAUCCCAUUUAUUAUGUGAGUAAGAUGCUCCAAGGUGCCGAAUUAAGAUACACGGAGAUGGAGAGGUUAGCCCUCGCGCAGGUAGUUACCGCCCGAAAGCUACGACCAUACUUUCAGUCGCAUAAGGUGAUCAUGCUAACGAACUACCCUUUGAAGCACAUAAUGUCGCGACCUGAGGCGUCAGGUCUGUUGAUCAAGUGGACGGAAGAGCUGGGGCAAUACGACAUCGAGUAUCGACCUAGAACGGCCCAAAAAGCGCAGAUACUAGCGGAUUUUGUGAUAGAACUCGCAAGCGAUCCCAAGUUACCCAUGGUCGUUGAGGGGCAAACCUCUAAGUGGAUGCUACAUGUGGACGGAGCCUCAAAUGCCAAUAGUGGAGGAGCAGGAGUAUGGAUCCGGGGACCAGAGGGAAUCGAGAUAGAGGUAGCGGCUCGUCUGUCCUUCCCUGUGACCAAUAAUGAAGCCGAAUACGAAGCGCUCGUUCUCGGGCUAGAGCUUGCUUCCCAGGCAGGCGCCAAAGAUUUGGAGGUGUUCACAGACUCCUAG